GUCAUCAACUGAUUUUUAUCCAAGUGAUCCUAUGAGAGAUCUUCAAUUGCCACAUAUAGAAUUUAAAUUAACAAGUAUAAAAGUUGGAAGUUAUUAUGAAGAUGUAGAAGAAGAAAAUAAUUUAUGUUUUAUAUAUAAAUAUUUGGAGGAAACUAUAACAAUUUUUUUUAAUGAAAAUUAUCCGAGUUUAGUUAUUAAACUCGAAGAUUUAUUUGAAUUUUCUAAAAUCACUUCAAAUACUCUGCUUAUUAUGGUGAAAGAUGAUCCUUCUAAUGUUUUAACCGAUCCUUAUUCCUUUGUUGAAAAUCCUUUAUAUACGAAAAGUGCCUGCUCCACAAAAGAGAUUUGGAUGAUUAUUGAUGAAAAGACACCAGAUGAAGUAGUUGACAUGUGA